GUGGGGAGUUGGCACUCAGGUGAUUAUUUAGAUACAUCCUUGACAUCCUGAGGUAGAGGGGGUCAACGCAACACCUCUCACAACAGAAAACACUACCAGACUGGUUCUUCAGAGAGGCACAGGGACCAGCCAGAUAAUAAGAGGUUUGGGAGAGAGGAAAAGCUGAAGAGAGAGACAGAGAGAGAAAGACAAACCCACAGAAAUAGUGGAGGGCAGACAAAAGAGGGUGAGAGAGAAAAAGUGUGAGAGGCAGCGAAACAAAGCAGGAGAGUGAAAGAGAGAGAGAAAGCGACUGAAUGAGUGGGGCUUUAGAGCGAGAUUAGUGUGUGUAUGUGUGUCUAAGAGGGAGAGAGAGAGAGAGAGAGUGAGAGGGAGAGGCCAUUCCCUAGAGGUUUGAUCUAGCUCCCAGUAAUAGAAGUUUCUUUGCACAGCAGGACCAGUAACAGCCUGCUUUGUGAGAGUAACUUAAUGUUCUCUCAACAGCAGGUCACUGCAGACAGAGGGAAAAACGCUAAGGUUGAUUUGGGACCUAACGUGCCAGAAGGGAGUGUGAGGGGCUUGUUUGUGACACAUCUUGUGUGUGUGAGAAACACUGCAGGUGUUAGAGUGUGUGUGUGUGUGUGUGUAAAAGAGUGCAAGGAUGACCAGGAGGUCAGUCCAUGGUGAGGUGACUGGGGUGAACAACACCCCCCAAAAUGGGGGACACCCGGGGGAUAACCCUACCCCAAAAGAGGACCCUGAAGCCCCGCACGGAAAGGUAGAGCUUAAAAAGAAGGUGACCCUGCUUCGGGGAAUCUCCAUCAUCAUCGGGACCAUCAUCGGCGCGGGAAUCUUCAUCUCUCCCAAGGGAAUCCUGAAGAACUCUGGGAGUGUUGGAAUGUCUCUGGUGGUGUGGAUCGCCUGCGGAGUGCUGUCUCUAUUUGGGGCCCUGUCCUAUGCAGAGCUGGGAACCAGCAUCAAGAAGUCUGGAGGACAUUAUACCUAUAUUCUGGAGGCUUUUGGACCACAGAUGGCCUUCAUACGUCUCUGGGCUGACCUCAUCGCCAUCAGACCUGCAGGGUUGGCAGUGAUAUCCCUGGCCUUUGGACAAUAUAUCCUGGAGCCCAUAUUCAUGCCCUGUGGAGUGCCCGAGAUCGCUAUCAAACUGGCCACCUCUAUAGGACUAACGUCAGUGAUGUAUCUCAACAGUAUGAGUACGAGCUGGACAAACAGGAUUCAGAUCUUCCUCACCUUUAGCAAGCUGCUGGCCAUCGCCAUCAUCAUCGUACCUGGCCUCUAUAUGCUCUUCAAAGGGGAGACUAAGAACUUUGAGAAUGCGUUUGAGGUCAGUAAUAUCAAGCUCACAGGUCUUCCUCUGGCCUUCUACUCUGGGAUGUACGCCUAUGCUGGGUGGUUUUACCUUAACUUUGUGACUGAGGAAGUAGAGAACCCCGAAAAGACUGUGCCAUUGGCCAUCUGUAUCUCCAUGGCGAUAGUCACUUCCUGCUACGUGUUGACCAAUGUGGCUUACUACACUGUGAUGUCAGCAGAGGAGCUGUUGGCCUCACAAGCCGUCGCCGUGACAUUUGCAGAGAAGAUGAUGGGGAACUUUUCAGUGGCAGUGCCAGUAUUUGUGGCCUUGUCGUGCUUCGGUUCGAUGAACGGCUGCUUGUUCGCUUUCUCAAGAAUUUUCUAUGUGGCUUCACGGGAAGGCCAUCUCCCUGAGGUUCUGUCCAUGAUCCACGUCCGCAGACACACACCUUUGGCAGCUGUCAUCAUUCUGUACCCUAUGACGGUGUUCCAGCUGUUUGUGGGCGAUAUCUACAGCCUGUUGAACUUCAUGAGCUUCCUCCGCUGGCUCUUCAUUGGCGUGGCUGUACUGGGCCUCAUCUACAUGAGAUACACACGCCCUGACAUGCCACGCCCUUUCAAGGUUCCUCUUUUCAUUCCAGCCAUUUUCUCCUUCACCUGUUUCUUCAUGGUGUUCCUCUCUCUCUACUCCGACCCCAUCAACACAGGGAUAGGAUUCGCCAUCUCCCUAACAGGAAUCCCAGCCUACUAUAUCUUCAUUGUGUUUGACCGCAGACCCAAGUGGCUACAGAAUGGUUUAGAUUCCUUUAACAGAUCUGUCCAGAUCAUCCUGGAGGUGAUCCCAGCAGAACACUGACACCAGAUCAGGUUCCCACACCAGAUCCGUAUUUAUGAUCAUCCACACCACCAGAUCCCCAAUCCUUGACCACACCUCCACACCACAGGAGAACGAACUCGUGUUAAUGAGUGGAGCGGAAUUAGUGGAAUGGUAUCAAAUACAUCAAACGCAUGGUUUCCAAGUGUUGGAUGCCAUUCCAUUUGCUCUGUUCUGGCCAUUAUUAUGAGCCGUCCUCCCCUCAGCAGCCUCCUGUGCUCCACACCCAAGGACAUCACACCGAUGGCCUCCUCUAUUGUAUCGAUUCACAUAAUACAUUAUUAUGACUCUCCCAUCCUGCUGACCUUAUCUAGGCAGGCUUAUCUCUGCUCUGCUCUCACAUUUCACAUUACCAAUUAAACCGCCUGAAAACUCUCUCCUCUCUCCUCAUCCAAGUAUUUUAAAUGGAGUGGCCAGGCAGGCAGGGAGGUGAGGCUGUGGCUUUGUGUGUGUGUGUGUGUCCCUGUGUGGGAUUUGCAGGUAAUCCAUCUCUGUAACCACUACCCUACGGCUCCAGUGUGCAGUAGGAGCCCAUCCUCUUAGAAAUGCAACAGCUUUUACUGUUGAUAAGAUGCCAGGGAAUCCCUGCAUGCUUGGAGUAUAACUAUUUUGUACUCCUGAGUGGCGCAGUGGUCUAAGGCACUGCAUCGCAGUGCUAACUGUGCCACUAGAGAUCCUGGUUCGA